AUGCCACUAAUAGUACAAUCCUCCAAAAGCUAUCAAAGACUACUACUAAUCAAGUAUUUAUGCACAAUUGCAUUUUUAAUUUUAGUUAGCUAUGUAUUUUUUGAAACUAUAAAACAAGUGAAAAAACCAUUCAUUGAUGAAAUCUUUCAUUUAAGACAAUGUCAAACAUAUUGUGCUCACAAAUUCAGUCACUGGGAUAAUAAAAUCACAACUCCACCUGGAUUAUAUAUACUAGGAUUUAUUUAUUCAUCAUUUUUGAGUUUUAUAUCACAUGGUCAACUAACUUGUCUAAAUUAUAAUGUAUUAAGAUCAUUAAAUUUAUUUGGUGGUUUAAUUGUAAUGCCUAUAGCUUUAACGUAUUUUAAAAAAUCAAAUAUAAAUCAAUUUUGGAACGUCAAUAUAAUAUCACAGCCAUUGCUAUUCACUUAUUAUUUUUUAUUUUAUACUGAUAUUUGGUCAACUAUUUUUAUUAUUUUAUCAUUAUGCUUAGUGAAUAAUAGAGUUAAUCAAAGGCCCGUGUUAAGUUCCAUAUUUGGGUUUAUGAGUUUAUGGAUGAGGCAGACUAAUAUUGUAUGGGUUGCUUUCAUUGCUGCUGUUUCAAUUGAUAGAAAAAUUGUAAGACAUAGUUCACUGAUUGGUAGAAUUGGGCAAUUUGUUUCCACGAGUUUGAAAAAUUGGACUUCAUUGAUUGGGUACAUUGUGAAUUUUAUAUUAUUUGGUUUAUUCCUAAAGGUGAAUGGUGGUAUUACUUUUGGUGAUAAAGAAAAUCAUCAAGUUCAAUUACAUUUAGUUCAAGUAUUUUAUUGUUUCACCUUUAUUAAUAUUUUCACUUGGCCAGUUUGGUUGAACAAAAGCACUAUUAGAAAUUACGUUAAUUUUUUAUCUGGAAAUUGGGGACUUAAUGCUUUAUUUAACGGUUUGAGUUUUAUUGGAAUUAAAUAUGUUAUAGACAAUUUUACUAUUGUUCAUCCUUUUUUAUUGGCUGAUAAUAGACAUUACACUUUUUACAUAUUUAAGAAGUUGCUCAAUCACAAGUAUAGUUCUAUUGCAGCUGUACCAAUUUAUCAUUUUGCCACUUAUAAUAUCAUUUCAUGUUUAUCACGAGCUAAAAAAUUGAAUUUGUCACCAAUUACAAUUCUAGCUUAUAUCGUUGCUAUUGUACUAACGAUUGUACCUUCACCAUUAUUUGAGCCUAGAUAUUAUAUUAUUCCGUUGAUUAUAUUUAGAUUAUACAUAGCUCCUAGCUAUGCUUUUGCAAAUGUUUUUGAGUUUCUUUGGCUUAAUCUCAUCAAUGUCAUUACAAGUUAUAUAUUUUUCAAUUAUCAAUUCACAUGGUUAUCUGAACCAGGAAGUAUACAGAGAAUAAUUUGGUGA